GGACGGGACCGGGAGGGGCGGGACCGGGAGUAGCGGCGGCGCUGCGGGAGCAGCGGCAGGGACCGCGUUAUCCCACAGUGCGGCCCCAAAGGGACCCUGGGGACACAUCCGGGACAGGCACAAGGGGGUGACAUCCCCUCGGCGUGUGUCCCCCCUCCCGUCCCCUGUGCCGGGUUUAGGAUGGCGGGGCAGGGUCCUGUGCCCUCGUCCUGCGAUUGCUUCGUGGCCCUGCCCCCCGACACCGCGUCCCCCGCCGUCAUCUUCGCCAAGAACGCCGACCGACCGCGGCACGAGGUCCAGGAGAUCGUGUAUGUCCCCGCUGCCACCCACCAGCCCGGGGACAAAGUCCAGUGCACGUACCUGGAGGUGGAGCAGGCAGAGCACACCCACGCCGUGGUGCUGAGCCGCCCCGCCUGGCUCUGGGGUGCUGAGAUGGGAGCCAACGAGCACGGAGUGUGUGUGGGCAAUGAGGGCGUGUGGACCCGAGAGCCCCUGGGCGAGGAGGAGGCGCUGCUGGGCAUGGACCUGGUGAGGCUGGGUCUGGAGCGGGGCAGCUCGGCCCAGGAGGCCCUGGAGGUGAUGACGGCGCUGCUGGAGCGUUACGGGCAGGGCGGGAGCUGCAAGGAGGAGCCGGUGCCCUUCGUGUACCACAACACCUUCCUGCUGGCCGACCGCGCCGAGGCCUGGGUGCUGGAGACCGCCGGGCGCUACUGGGCGGCCCAGCGGAUCACCGAGGGAAGCCGCAACAUCUCCAACCAGCUGAGCAUCGGCAGCGAGAUCACGGCGGAGCACGAGGGGCUGCGGCAGCGGGCGCGGAGCCAGGGCUGGUGGAGCGGGCACGGGGAGUUCAGCUUCGCCCAGGUUUUCUCCCUGGAGCAGCAGCCCCCGCGCAUGGAGGCCGCCAAGGCCCGCUUCCGAGCGGGGAGGGAGCUGCUGAGGCAGCACGCAGGUCACAUCACGGCAGAGACGCUGAUGUCCAUCCUGCGGGACAAGGGCAGCGGGAUCUGCGUGGACUCGGAGGGGUUCCGCACGGCGGGCAGCAUGGUGUCCGUGCUGCCCCGAGACCCCGCCCUGCCCUGCGUCCACUUCUUCACUGCCACCCCCGACCCCUCCAGGUCUGUCUUCAAGCCCUUCGUGUUCGUGGCCGGCAUCAAGCCCGUGCCGCAGGUGAGGUCCCCGACCUUCCCCCGGGACCCUGCCAAGGAGAUCCCGCGCUUCCAGAGCUCGGUGGAUCGGCGGCACGAGCUGUACCGCCGGCACCAGGCGGCCCUGGAGCUCAUGGAGCAGGACCAGGAGCGGGGCCAGAAGCUCCUGGAGACGCUGCAGGAGCUGGAGAAGCAGGGCCUGGAGGGGAUGAAGGCGCUGCUGGAGGGGACAGAGACCCCUCACCCGGAGGAACUGGCCGACCUCUUCUUCGACUGCGUGGAGGCAGAGCUGAAGUUUUACACAUAAACCACCCCACAGUCUCCUUCUCCAGAGCUUUGCUCCGGGACUGGACGCCACCAGGAGCUCGCUGGGACCCGCGGGAUCCCGGGACGGGUGUCCCUGGCUGUGCCCGGGGCCGGGAAUGGCCCUGCC